AUGACCAACACCGCAACCGUCCCCCCCACCCCCGUCAAGGCCGUCUCCUCCCCCGACGACGCCCCUCUCUUCCCCGCCUCCCUCAUCUCCCCCGAAGUCGCCGCCGUCCUGCCCGAAAACUACACGAUCCGCCCCGUCCGCCGCUCCGACUACCAGCGCGGCUACCUUGAUGUCCUGCGUGUCCUGACCACUGUCGGCGACAUCACCGAGGAGCAAUGGAACCAGCGCUAUGACUGGAUCUCGUCCCGCAACGACGAGUACUACCUCCUUGUUGUCUGCGACGGCGAGGACCGCAUCGUGGGCACUGGUAGUCUGAUCGUUGAGCGCAAGUUCAUUCACUCUCUUGGCAUGGUCGGUCAUAUUGAGGAUAUUGCGGUCGAGAAGAACCAGCAGGGAAAGAAGCUGGGGUUGAGGAUUAUUCAGGCGCUGGAUUUCGUGGCUGCCAAGGUUGGAUGUUAUAAGAGUAUCCUCGAUUGUUCCGAGACCAACGAGGGCUUCUACCUGAAGUGUGGGUUCAAGCGUGCUGGAUUGGAGAUGGCGCACUACUACUAG